AUGUUGUCUCCUGGAAAUUUCACGGUGAAGAAGAGGCGAAUCGUUCGCUUUGAAGGCCUUACAAAAUUUAAAUGGAGUGAUCUAGGGGAACAGGAUGUGGUUGGACAAAGCUCUUUCGGAGCGGUUUUUGUGACAAAGUGUGCUAAAGAGUAAGACCUGGACAGGAAUUCAAGCAAGCCAGUUGUUGUAAAGAAAUUGUUUGGUUCGUCUUUACAAUUUAUCGAUGCAUAA